AUCCAAAUUGGAUGUUUAGCAUGCAAAAUAUUUUUCAUCCAAGAAAAUACAAGUAUUGUCAUGUUGAUACUUGGACAUAACCUUGAUUAUAUUUCGGGCAAAUUGUAGAAGUCAAUGUGUUUUCCCUUUAAUUUAUUGAUUUAAAUCUUGAGCUAUCGUAACAAGCUCUUCUUCUUUCAAUGAAAAAUAAGCAUGUGCAUUGUGUGAUGUUGGAGAUAAGCUCUUCUUCUUCUUGAGCAUGAAAAAUAAGCUCUUCUUCCUAAUUGGUGGAUGUUUUUGAUUCAUUGUAGCGAUGUUCACUCCUUGUGCAAACAGUAAGCUGAAGCAUAAGAGGGAUAAAAAACAAACUGAAACCCAAUGUUGGGAGGAGGAAAAGCAAGAGAAUCAUGGUAACAAGAUCCUUAAAGACCCUUCUCUCAAGGGGGUCUUAUUAAAAAGACAAAGCUUCAGGAGUGUGAUGAAUCAAUGGGGCCCAAAGAAGAUGGUACUACAAUGAUGUGGCUUGCAGGAAUUCCUGUAGCACCUUGCUAUUGGGGAUCAAAAGGUGGAAUAUAUUUCGUUCUUCAAAAUGCCUCCCUGGUUGCUUCUUAUGUUGGGAAGAGGUACCAGAUUUUGAAUCCAGACGAGCAUGCCAAUUUCCUGCGAAGGAAAAACAAGAACCCUUAUGAUUAUAGGCCUGAUAUUGUGCAUGAGGCCCUUCUUCAAAUUAUGGGUAGUAGGCUUUGCAUAGCCGGUAGGGUACAUGGUGUAUUCAUUAAAACUGAUGAAGGAAUACUUAUCCGAGUUGAAGCAAACACCCAGAUACCAAAGACUCUUGGAAGCUUUUGCAACAUGAUGGCUGAGCUACUGGAAAAGUUCAGCAUCAAAUCAAAGGGUAAUUAUGGAAAACUUUUGUGCCUAAUUGAAAAUCCUGUAACUCAACACUUACCUGUUAACUCUCGUAAGAUUGGGCUUUCCGUCAAUUCCCCUAAGGCUGUUCAAAUUAAUGACUAUGUCACCGCUGCCAAUCAUGAUGAGAACCUUGUGUUUGUGGUUGGUGCAAUGGCUCAUGGAAAGAUAGAUGCUGAAUAUGUUGAUGAUCUUAUAUCAGUUUCUGCAUUGCCCUUGAGUGCUGGGACUUGUCUGAGACGUAUUUGUGUUGCGUUGGAGAGGAAUCAGAAGAUUCACUAAUUAACAUUUCUACUUAUUUUUUGUACAUAUUGGUAACAUCAAUUCUGCUAACUAUAGACCCAAGGGGUUAGCUCAGUAAAAUUGUUGUUAGUUUAUUAUUCUGGGAAUAAUUCUUUUUCAGUUAUUUUGGGCUGUUUCUCUCCCAAGGAUACAAAUGACACUUAAUGAACUUACUCUCUUUUAGCCACUUAUAACCAGUAAUUGCUUUGGG